CCACAAGCAGCCGCGGGCACACUAGUGCACUGUUCGUGUUGGGUACGGGGUUACAUUUAACUCUUAAAACGGUUUUGUUUCGUAGUUUUUCUGCUUUGUAUUGUAAAUAACGAAAGGUGAGUGGGUGCGACAUAUACAACGAAGGGGUGAACGGGUGCGAUUACCCCACAGCGCCGAGAACCACCACCGAAUUCUCGCCCCCGAUCUAAUGCUGGGCGGUGGAACCGUCGCCGAACCCGUCAGAGUGUAAACAUGGCCGACAGCGCGAGCGAGAGUGACUCGUCUUCCGUCACAGAUGGGCCGACCAUGCAGCCGCCGUCGAUGCCACCGUCGCCCAUCACCCGCGACCAGUGGCAGAAGAGGAUCGACUGCCUCCAGCAGCAAAACAGGGUGCUGAGGGCGGAACUGGAGACCUACAAGCUGCGGGUGAAGAGCCUCCACGAAGAGAACAGGGCGUUGCGGCAGGCCUCCGUCAAUAUCCAAGCCAGGGCAGAGCAGGAAGAAGAAUUUAUUAGCAAUACCCUUUUGAAGAAGAUUCAGGCCUUAAAGAAAGAAAAGGAAACGUUAGCCCUUAAUUACGAGCAGGAGGAAGAAUGCCUCACGAACGACCUAUCUCGCAAAUUAAGCCAGUUACGUCAGGAAAAAGUAGAGUUGGAGCAGACCCUCGAGCAAGAGCAAGAGUGCCUUGUAAAUAAGCUUAUGCGGAAAAUUGAAAAACUCGAGACAGAAACAGCCACCAAACAGAAUGAUCUGGAAACUCUACGUCGGGAAAAGAUUGAACUGGAAAACACAUUGGAGCAGGAACAGGAAGCUCUUGUUAAUAAGCUCUGGAAAAGGAUGGACAAAUUGGAGGCAGAGAAACGGAUGCUGCAGGGAAAAUUAGAGCAACCAAUUUCAAACCCCCCAUCACCGGCUGAUUUCAACCAGGGCGACAGGGCCAACAACCUAUCAUCGCAUAUCCAGCAUUUGCGCAAUGAAGUGGCUAAAUUCAGGGAGCAACUCACAAACGCUCAAGAAGAACACAAUCGUGCAACACAGCAGUAUGCUAAUGAAGAACGUCUUAUUCGUGAAGAAAAUCUCCGUCUCCAGCGGAAGCUUCAAAUGGAAAUAGAAAGAAGAGAAGCUCUAUGUCGUCAUCUCUCAGAAUCCGAAUCUAGCUUAGAAAUGGAAGAAGAACGCCAUUACAAUGAGGUGACAUCCCAGCGGCAUCGAACCUUGUCAAGUCCGGUGCCUUACAAUCCUUCACCUAGCACUUCAAGACCACUUUCCCCUGGUCUGUCCGGUUACAGCAGUGGUCGCGAUCUUUUCUCUCCACCGAGCCCCAUGGGACGUUGUCCUCACUGUGGCCAGGUGAUCCUUCACCAUCCGCCACCCACUGUCCCCCCGCCCUCUUACCUACCCUCAACUUCACCUCCUCCCCCACCUGUAAUCUCACCUGCAUUCCAGAGACAUGGUACUCGUACGUCACAGGAACGAUUCGUGAAGCCCAUCGCUCCUCCUCCCAGCAGCUCAUCACUGUUGGCCACUCCUUCAGCUCCACCGCACCUUCCAACAUCUUCCAGUUCACAUGGAACGACUAACUCAAAUCCUGCUCAUCACCCACCUCUAGUUCCUGCUCCCCCCUCCCCCCACCCAGUGGCCCCUCCCUCUCCAAUGGAUGUCAGUCGCAACUGAUUCAGGAGUUGGGAGAGGAAGAGGUUUGUUUGUUGAUAUGAUGGUGGGUGGCUAGUGGAGCUCCUAAGGUGGUUGCUAAUCCUGGGCAUUCUUUGUGUCCUCAACAGACAUGGAAGUUUGGUUCUUUUUUUCCUGUUAUACUUUUGGAUUUGUUGUGGUGAAUGUGAUACAGUGGUGUUGCAAAUACGGUGGGGGAAACAUGAAAUAGUACGUUUGUUACUAAGACUGAAACGUUGAUUCCUGCAUGUGGAAGUGCACACCACAAUUAAGGAUAUUGGUAAUAAUUAUUGUUAAUGAUACAGUGGUUUUGCCCAGAUGUUGUUGUAGACCGUGAAUGGUGGAUAUGGUUAAAAUUUCUGGCAUGCACUAUGGUACUCUUAUUUACUUCACAGAUUUUUUUGGAAAUCUGAAAUGGGCUCACUUGUGAUAUAUUUGAGAUGAUGAUAUUGACCUAUUUCUGUAUGAUGUAUCGUAACCGUGGAAAAGUAUGUAGACAAGUCGUAAUUUAAUGAUGAGGAGGCAUGUCUAAACUUCGAGUUAGACUCUGCCUCCUCUUUUGAUUGUGAUAACAGUGGUAUUAAUGUGUCAUGCAGUUAAGCAACUAGCACUUGAUAUCCAUAUGCCAUAUCUGUGGGUUGUACUAUAGCAAGAGUCUAGGAGGAGUUGUGGUCAAAUUCUAGCAUAGCCAAGAGCUAAAGAUCAUGAAUUGUAUGGGUAAAUUUCAGAAGCUUUAUUUCUUGAUAGAUAGCUCUUUACUAUAGCUCAACCCAUGACACUUAAACAGUAGAUGAUGAGCAGUCUAAACAGGCCUUGAAGAAUACAAUAUAUAUAUAUAUAUAUAUAUAUUUUUCAUUUUCUAAGUUAGUUUAGGCAUCUUGCUGCAAUUUUCAUGUAUCCAGUGAAGUUGCAGUUUUUGUAUUGUUCAGUUCUAACCUUACGUAUUAUGCUAGCUAGUACGUUUAAUGGUAUAUGAGCCUUAAAUCAGGUGCCAUCUCAUAGUGUUUUUUGAGUGAUCAACUCUGUGCUGAUUUUAAGUGGAUUCCAUCUUGAAUGUUGUACUAUGCAACACUGGCGCUGUACGUCAAGAUUAUUUAUGCUUAAUGAAAGGCAGGACAUGUCUUUUCAUUGUAAUACAUUAGCACAUUUCAAGUUUAUGUUGGAAACUCACGGUAAUGGAAGCAUAAUGCUUUUAGCGAGUAGUUAUCAGCUGUAAUAGGUUCCUUUCAUUUCCUCUAAUUCUUGAGAGAGAGAAAAAAAAAGAUAGGUAAAACUGAGGAUUAUUUUGAGAGAAGACUCGCUUUGCAUGUUUUUGAGAUAUCUUGAAAGUAGCCACUUCUGUUGUUGACUGGGUGAAUCCAAGUAACAAGUAACCUUAGCUUCUGUAUGUGUGUUGGUGGUGCCAAGCAUUACUGUACAAGGUAAUGGAAAGAAGGUCUGCUAGUGAUCCGUACCAUUUUCUUCAUAAUAUAUUCGCUGUACAUACCUGGUCUUAUGUAUGCAAUAUGCAUAACACGUAUACACACUUACUGGUUUCAGGGGAUUAUCGGAUGCAACACAAGUAAGGAGGAGUUUAGUUCUGUUAGAAUUAUAUUCUGGAAGUCUCUAGAGUCAUAUCUGGAAAGGCACUUGUGUGAGAGAAACUUGUUUAUUUUAGUGUGACUAUAUCAACUAGUAUAUGCACUAUGAGUACAUAAACGUCAAUUUGAAAAAUGAUGCAAAAGCUGAAUUUUUGUUUUUGUUUCAUGGUUGUCUGUUAAAUUAUAUAGGAAAAGGGUUUUAGGGCUACGAAUCUUUGGGAACUGCAUAAUUUGCUAGCAAGCCUACCAUGGACAAGUCUGAAAGCCCUCCACGUAGAGGUCAUGUUCCACACUGCUCGGAAUUUCCGUAGAUAUUUAAUCUCCUGCAACACUUCCGGUGUGCAGAGAAACUGGUUAUUAGUGGCAGCUUAAGUUCCAGGCCAGAUGUAUUUCUAUUGUGUCGUGUAUGAAUUUAUUGAACUCUGCUUUUUCCGAGAUGUGGUAAACAUGCUCUAUCUGGGUGUUACUGGAGCCAUGGGAUAUACAGGUAUAUAUAUAUAUACAUAAUAUAUAUCUAUAUAUAUAUAGAAAAAAGUGCAGUAAACAUUUUGAUGUAUUUUCACUGCAAGCAAUGCUUUCACCCAUACUAUAUGUUUUAUAUUUUCUCAGUCACUUCAAGUAGAUAUCCAGUUAUUUGGUCAUCAAGGAAUGGACCUGAUUGGUCAUCUUUAGUUCUUUCAACAAAUCUUAUUUCCCUUGCUGUCCAUCACCAUUUGAUGAGUUGUAGAACUGUAAUUAUUCAUCAGCACCAAUUUCAGUGAUACUUCGUAGAGUCAUUGACCUUGUCAUUAUGUGAUACUUAUGUUUUAUGUAAGUUGAGAUUGUCAUCCAGAUCCUGUUAGGAAGUGACCAAUUAAAAAAUAGAACUUCAAUUUGAGAUGUCAAUGAUGAGUAAUGUUGUUAAAGGUAAGUAUGAAUUUCACAUUACAAUUGACGAAGAUUAAAAAAAAAAAAAUGUGAGCUAACAUGUGUACAAAGUUUUUCUGCCUUGGCUUUGACAAAUGUUAGAGCUCUGGGUGGCAGCAACGCACUGAUAUCUAUCCACUUUCAUAAUUUUUUGCUUUUUUAAGAUUCAUGUAUCAUAUUUUUACACUCCUUUAAAAAAUACAACAAAAAAAAAGCAAGGUUUAUCUUGGAAACCAUACUGACUGAAUGCUUGUAGUAAUAAUCAAAUUUGUCUUUCUCUUUGUUUGUCUGUGAACUUAAGCUUAAAUGAUUUUACAAUAUAUUUUUAUGAAAAC